GUUUAUCUCUUGAAAAUCAGGUCACGAAAAUGCAUUUGUAUGCAUACAAAAGCUGGUCAUUAUUUUAAGGGACGCAUAUGACCAGGAGAAAUUUCGCAGGUGCAAUAAAUAACGUUGCUGUGGAUAAAACUUAUAAGUAAGGAACACCCACUAGACAGACGAUGGGUGCAUGCGAAGUCUUAUGUGCGAUUUGUUGCUUUAUUUUCCCGCCAUUCAUUCUGCAGUCAGUUGGACUGUUCUCUCCAGAAUGGGUAUCUAACUCGGCGUGUGAUUCUGUCGGGUUGAUAUAUAGCUGUUGCACGGGGACAAACAACAACUCCUGUAGUAAUACCAAUGGGGGAGAUGAACUUGACGUUCGGGUUCUUGGUCUCGAGGCCACAUCCUUUGCUAUGAUGUUUCUAGCAGUGUUAGGAAUGAGCUGUGGGACCUGUUGCAACAGUGACGAUGACGAUGACGAGACAGGAUGGUGUGGAAUUUUGGGAGGCUGCUGUUUUAUCUUAUUACCUAUUGCAGGUCUUUUCAGUUUCAUUGGUUGUAUGAUCAUAGCGGCCAAUUAUUCAACGUCUCAGCUCGGAUGGUCGUUCUACCUCUGCCUGACUUCUGGAUGCUUCAUUUUACUUUUGACUAUAAUAAUGUGCUGUUGCCUGCGUAAAUUCAUGAAGGAUGAUGACGAUAUACCUUCGAGGCACCAGGCAUCUUCAAGUAGUGUUAUGCCUUAUGAAGGUGGUGGUGCGGCAGCCCCGUACGGAGGAGCGCGUAUUGCCGUUGCUCAAGUCGAACAGCAAGCAGUAAUUCACGAUGAAGACAGUGGGAGUUUGUUUGUCUUUAUGAGGAAGAUAAAUAUUGCCCAUGUUGUUCAUACGUUCAGACACGACGAUUAUUAGAAACAUAAACAUUAAUCAUGCAUGAUGUAUUGAUACAUGUUCAAUUCAUCAACAGAGGUAUAUAAUGAGACCAGAAGUUUGUUUCUUUUAUUUUUUCAUAAAAUACAAAAUGUUCUAUUGCGUUCAGUUUUAUAUUUUCUUUAGAAUAAGAUUUACUUAAUUCAAGAUAAAGCUAACUUAUUUGAGGGCAAACGAAUACACGAAAUAAAGAUAAUUUCACACAUUAGUCA